UUAAAUAUGGUAAAUCGGAAAACAAAAUCGCAAAUAAAAUGUGUUUCAUUUCAAAAGAAAUUGUUAGUAAAUGAAGCGAUGGCUCACGUAAAAAACGAAAAUUAUUAUAAAGCAAUGUAUCUGUAUGAUAAAGCUUUGGAAUUGGAACCAAAUGACAACAACGCGUUAAUUGCAAGAAGUAAGUGUCAUCUUCUUCUCGGAGAGGCUGAGAAAGCAUUACAAGAUGCUGAGAAUGCAUUACAACAUAAAUUAAAAAAUGCUAAUAUGGCUAAAGCAAUACAUUGCAAAGCGGAAGCAUUGUAUCAUCUCGGCGAUUUUGAAAUGAGUCUUGUGUAUUAUUACCGUGGAAUGAGAAUUCGUCCAGAAUACGGACAAUUUCGUCUUGGUGUACAAAAAGCGAAAAAUGCAAUACAAAAUAUACUACGCAAAGAUUAG